GAUGCCGUCCACAGAGCCGGGAUGAGAGAGGGCCUCCUCCGCCUGACCUCGCCUCCGCCGCCGCGAGUGAAUUAUUAAGGUAAACAACAGGGCGAGCGGACGGACGGACGGUGGCACUGCGGGUCCUUCUGUGCUGAGAAUGCAUUCCAGGAAAUUCAUGGUUUCUAAUACCGGCACAGUGAAUACACUAAAGAAAUAUUCCAUCAGUGACCGAGAAAUCCUUAAUAAAAGGAUAAAAACCAACCCUCGUUAUUCUGGAGUUCGUCCACGUACCAACACUGGCUUCAAUACACAGAGACGUCAAGAACUUGAACUAGAAAUUCGCAAAUAUUACAAGGUCAGAAAUGAUGAGGUAUAUCGUCGCAUUUCCCUGGCUGACCUCCUGCAGCUGAUGCUCGCCCAUGCUGAAGAUGUUGAAGCAGCAGAAUGUGAUCACGAGAAUAUAGAAAAGGAGCAAGAGACAGCAGAGGUACCGUUGAAAUACAGAGAUGAAGUGGAAAAUGUUCUUCAUAAAAUGACGGAACUUGAGAUGGAAGGGAGACCCAAACCGCCAGAGUGCCCAUAUGUGAUCAUAGACAUUCGUCCUUCUCAGGAUUAUCAAGAAUCACACUUAGUAACUUCUGUAAAUCACCCUGCAUCCCGUAUGUCCAGAGCUGUUGGCUGGGAAUGUCCAGAGCUCCUGAUGUACAAAAACCAUGCAGAAUUUAUAAUUGUUGUAUAUGAUGAUGCUGAAGAUGUGGCACCUGAGGUUGCCGCUACAUUACAACAUCGUGGUUAUAGCAAUAUCUUCAUGUUAAGUGGAGGUCUUCGUAUUGCCAAAGAUAAAUUUGGCUUUCCCCUAGUCACAGACGACACCUCGCGUGUUCUUACUCAGGACGCUGCGAAGGAGAUAGCUCAACAGGUGUCGGUUACAGUCAUUCCCCCUCUGAGCAUGGCUGAUGCAUCAGACUGGUGGGAAGCAGCCUCAAGGAUCCCAAACUAUGUAGCUCCUACUGAUCCUGCAAUGACCAAUGCACCCUCGACAAUCAACACUGGGCGUCAGACUGCCAGAUCACAGCUGAAGAGUAGAGAUGGUCAGACAGUUCGACCUUGGCGUUAGUAGAGUCUGCUGUUUCAUACCUAAAAUGACUCCCAUAUUAGAUUGCACCAGGCAAAGUUUCAUUCUUUUAUCUUAUCUUAUUUUAUUUGAAUGCUACCUGGUCAUUUAAUAUAUUUAAAAUAUAUGCUAUAAGGCAUUGUGUUAUCAUAUUACAUCAAAUGCAUAUUUUCAAUCUAGUCUACCCAAAACUUGGUUCCUAAUGUCUUUUUCAUAACUCAGUUCCUAAUUGGUUGUGUAAUAUUGGAAUGCUCUCUGUUUGCUGGUAUUCAAGUUAAGAUUACUCACACAAAUAUGUUACUUGAAACCUACCAUGGUCUGCUUUUUACAUGUAUAUUAUGUUCAUCCUGCUAUUAAUUUAAUGAAAUAAUAGCUAAUACGCUUAUUUUUUUGUUUUAGUUUUGUUCCAUUAACUUCCUUUUAUCUCUUUGGGAUCUUCACAAGAGGUAAUAUUUGAGUUUAAGCACAAUCAAUUAAUGAAACAGACCUCAUGAUGGAAAUAAGCUGUGCUGCCUUUACACACCUUUAUUAUCUUUGUUGAUUUAUUUUUGUUGAUUGAUUUAUUUAUUUUAUUGUGCAUGCAAAUUUUGUCAUAUAACUUUGAAUAGUAUCCAAGUAGGAAAUACAGCUGUGCAUUUACUGACUCUGAUUCAGUGCAAGGUCUGCUGAUAAUUUAAAAGGUGUAGUUCAAUUGAAAAAUAAUUGAUAUUGAAGAAAAGCUAAUAUUUUCAUACUACUACAACUUUCUCUAUGCAACUAUAUACAGUAAUAAUGUGCUCACUUGAAAUAGAUGUCUCCCUGUGAAUGUGAUUGAUGAAUUCAGAAUUAAAGAGAUUGAUAUACUGAAAGGUAGAACAUUUACAUAAAAGAUGAGCGGAUCAGCUUCUUUUUUUUUCUUUCUUUUUUUCCCCCCACCUUCUUUAUGUAUGUGCAUGUGUAUGUACAAGAGUGACUUUAUAGUUCCUUUUAUAUUUAUCUUCUCUGUUUUUAUUUUUGAAAACUUGAGAUUUCUAAGGGUGUUAUUUGAUUUGUACAAUGAUGAAUGUUUUAAUGGAAAUGUUUGUUUAAGUUGACAGGAUCUGUUCUGAAUUACUGUCUAUAUUUUAUAUAUCCAGUUGAACCACAUUUAACACAGGUUAGGUUCCUGAAAAAUACAACUUUUACUAAAACAACUUCAAAUUGGCUCCUUAUUUACUUAUUCUGUACUUAGAGGUGACUUCCUAAAUAAGGUUCAUCCUUAUGUAUAAAUGUAUGUACAUGUAUAAACAGUAAAUUGGGACAAAAAAAAUAUUGCUGAAAAUUAUCAUCCUAGAGAUUUUACAGAAAUGUGAGAGUAAGAAGCAUUUUAGACUUCAAAAUAUAGUUAACUUGUUCUGCCUAGAAGAUAACCAGGUCAUAAAUCUUGUAUGAAAAAUGCCGUUAGUAUAGUUAACUUUAUUGUACUAUGGUGUGCUGUCCUUUGGAAAUUGCUUCGAGAUAUUUGGAAGAGAUCAACAUAGAUAUUUAAUUUUGUAUGUGACUGAAAUGUUUGAUACACCACAAUGGUCAUAUUUGUGGAUGUCUUUGUAAUAUAUACAUAUAUAUUUGCUACAUUUGUAUGGAAUAAAGAUUGAUCUAGCAUUAAGAGCCAGUUCUGCUAUAACAGACAAACUUAAUGUAAAAGAUAAGUCUAGCUCUGUAACAUACAUUCCAGAAAGUUUGUGAUUCAUUUAUCUAUUUUGUCUGUAUAGGACUAUGAUGAGUGCUUCUUAAUGAUUUAGUAGGAAUUUAGAAAUAGUGAUUUCCAGAAAUAUUAAUAAUUAUGGUAUAAUCUUUUUAAGCUGAAGAUAAGAAAGUCCUACGUGACGGACUCUGCGUCAUGAAAUCCCAUCUGUAGAGCUUAGAAAUAGGAAUAUGAACUGAACAGUCAGUCUUGAUAUACUUUGUGUUUUAGAUUUUGAAAAACCUAUUCAGUGAAUAAUUCAGCUGUCAUUUUUAUAAACAUAAUCAUAUUUUUGUCAUUUGUUUAUGUGAUUGAUUUACUGAUAUUAGAAAAGGUAUGAGUGAGAAUGCAUAUUUUUGCAGUGCAAGAGAUGUAUAUGACCCUUUUUGAUUAUAUCUUUGUUUUCCUGACAAAGAUAUAAUCAAAACAAGUUAAGUACAUCUCUUACACUGUGAAGAUAUUCAGUCUCAUUCAUAACUUUUCUACAUUUAUUGCAGUGAACAUGAUUCAUCCUUGGUUUACUAAAACAUGUUUCCCAAUUGUUGGUUUACCUCAUGGGUCCUUGGGAAAUGCGUACAGUAAUAAAAGUGUUGUCAUAUUAUAUUUACAUACUGUUUCUCUGUAUAAUAGCUGCUACAAAGUUGUUUGGGCUGUCAUUUAUUGUUCUUCCAGGUGACUGUUUUCAUUCAUGUUUGUUCUUUUCAUGCACAGAUAGCUUUUGUUGAUUAUAAAUAUGUUUGAUCUGGGUAUAUUAAAGGGUGAUUAACAUGCUUCAUACCUUAUUUAUUGACUAAUAAUGAAGAUCUCAAAAAUGAUUUUUAACAAAGGCAAGUUGCUUUAAGUAUAAACCAUGCUAGCAUCCAGACAUAAAGUGUAAUAAUUUAAAGGUGCAGAAACGUUCAGUAGCUCUCAAUGCAAGCUGUAUAAUGAAUUAAAGUAAAGUAUGAAGUUACAUUAAUAAGUACCCAUAAUUAUACACAUACCAGAUUAAAGCAGAUAUUCAAGAAGUACCUAACAUAAUUUGGUGUUUAUUGGUGUGACAAAAAAAUAAUAAUAAUUACAUUUAGUAAGAAAAAUAAAGCAUUGUAAUGUUAGAACUUCUAUUGAACAAGGGCUAUCUGUGCAUAGAAAUUCUUGAAACAAUACUAAAAGCCCAUGAAAUAUAUCUUUUUUUAUGACUAAAGAAAGACACUGUUAUGUUAUAGACAGUAUAGAAAAUUUCAUGUUUUAUGAUUAUGUUUUUGCAGUUGAACCAAAGUUAGAUGUUUAGAAUAGAUCUAGGGAUGUUAUAUAGACAUCUUAUUUAUUGUAUCGUGUAGAGCUUCCUACAAGUAUGAGUAUCAUAUGUGAGACAUAAGUUUCAUUUAUUAGUGAUAUGCCUUUGCUAUAGUGUAGUAGAAUAAUUAUUUAUAUUGAAAUUGUUUGUUAGGUAUAAAAGUAUUUAUAUGUUCAUGAAUGUGAACUGUUGCUCACUGAGAAUUUUGAUGGAUUGGCAGGUUGUAAGAAUAUGAACCUUUCAUUGUAGGUUUAUUCACUUUCAUGUAUCACUGUUUAAGCAAAGGAUAUUUAAGAUAUAUGGAAACUAAAUAUUAUGUUGAAUAGUUAGUAUGCAUCUGAAUGCCAAAGACAUAAUAUACAGAACAAGUAGCUUCCAGGAAAUUUCUCCACAAAAGCCAAAUGUAAGGUGAUGUAACUCACACUUGAGUUGUUGAAAAUGUGAACUUUAUUGUAUUUCUCAGGUUUGGAGACAAUGAAUGAAAAGCAGAUAAUUGUAUUAUUAUCUGUUAAAAAAGGGAGAAAGAAAAUUAAUUCUAUUUAUCUGCAUUUUCGAAGGAGUGUAGACUUCUUGUAAAUUAUGAACUCAAAAUAUUAUUUUUUAUUUUAUGUAAUAUUCACUGAGAAUUGAUGAAGGCCUUAAAUGUUUGUGUAAAAUAUCCCAAAGCCAUUGAACUUUCUAGACUCAACAUUUAAGGAUAUGAUACCUUAUAUUGUUUGUAAUGAUAUAUAGCACUACUUUCAAGAUGAAUAAAUCUGAGCCAUACCCCACAUUGUAAAUGAGCAGAAUGCCUCAUACUUUUUCAGUUGUAAGUAAAAUCAACCAAAUAGAUGUUUGUUGGCCAAGGAUGUAGUGCCUUGUAAUUACAGUGUACACAGCCACUAGACAGUGACAUAUCACAAGAAUCUGUGAAAUUAUACAUUUUUGGCCAUUUACAGUGGUCAUUUGUUGUAUUUCUUAGGUGAAAUUAUUUUAGCGAUGAUCAGGGUAUAAAAUACUAGUUUGUGUGUUGUACAGUAAAGGUUUGUUGAAUAAGAUGAAUAAAGUGGCAGUUGUGCCUUGCAAAGUUUGCCGUCCAGUUGGUCUGUUAUGGCCAAGUGAUUUUAAAUAAAUAUAUUUGCACAAUCAA